AUGAUUGAAUUGCAUGUGGUUCUGCUGGAGAACAUGUUAGUAUUUCUGACAAAGCACAGCGAUGGCAACAAGUUACAGUUAAAGACCUUGGAACCAUCCAAAGAAACGAAAUGGUCGCCAAUAAUGCCGCUGGCUCCUUUAAUCGCAAAGGAGAAGGCAAAUGACAAACGGGCAUUCUUUCUCGUAUUCAACAGCCAAUAUGGAGCGCAGAUUUACGAGCUUGUAGCAGCCACGGCAACUGAGAGAAAGACGUGGUUCAAACUAAUUUCCGACCAGAUCGAAAAUGAUAAGAAACAUCAAACUCAAGGAAUAGAGCACUGCAAUUUCGAAGUUGGCACGAGUUCAUCUCUGGAUUCGGAUGGCUUAGCAAAGGUCCAUGUGCUGACACACCCUCGACUGGUCCAUGCAUCGGAAAUUACUGUACAACAACCUACAGUACUAGAACAUGCACAACCGGUACUCACACCCACAGAACGAUUACGGCGAAGUGAUGACGUCAUCUUCCAAGCUCUACUCACCAAACAAACAAUUUUGGCACAAUUUUUACCUGGCGACAAGAAGGGCAGGACGGAAGAAUUGGAGAAGCUGACAGAAUUACUGGGCGGUUUGGCCGUUGCAGACCUGAAACAACGCGAUUGCAAAGAACUCGCUAUGUCGGCUAUAGUUCACGGGAAUCGAUUACUUGACAGUAUUAAUCAAGGUAUGAAUGCGCGAAAGGAGGCGGAUGAAGCAAAUCCCGGUGCUUCACUGCUUGUUCUUGAUGACGCGGAGAAGAAUCUGCCUUCUGUGCCUUGCUACAAGCUGACUGCCAUAGCUGCACCAUUAAUGAACCAUUUGAAAGCCUUGAUGCAAGUGAUACAAGACCAACAAUCGGAACUGAAUACUGUAAAACAGCAGCUGUAUCACUACAAAGAAUUGGCCGAGUGCGGUUCGAGAGAUCGAUCAGUAAGCGAGGAAACGUUAACUGAAUGUGUUUCGGAUCAACAGGAACGAAAGCUGAUGACAAAGCGUCAACGAACGCCGUCUAUACAACCAGUCACAUGA